AUGACCUCCUCCUCUCCACAGCAGCCUUUCGUCCAAGCCGGCGACCCCCUCAACGAAUUCCUGCGCUCCUUCUGGCAGCGCCAAGUCGACUCCGCUGAACAAGAAACGCCCGACUUCCGACACCCGGCCCUCCCACUCGCCCGAAUCAAAAAAGUCAUGAAGAGCGAUCCGGAUGUCAAAAUGAUUGCUGCGGAUGCGCCCAUCUUGUUCUGCAAGGCCUGCGAAAUAUUCAUCGCAGAGAUCACCGCCCGCGCGUUCAUCAUCGCCGACUCCAACAAGCGCCGCACGCUCUCGCGAUCCGAUAUCGCCAAGGCCCUGAGCAAAUCGGACCAGUUUGAUUUCCUCAUCGAUAUCGUCCCACGGGAGGAGCUGCCGUUCCCUGCGGGGAGCGUCGUGAGGAAGGCGGUGGGCGUGGAGAAUAUCAAGCAGGAACAACAGGUGAGUGGUGCUCGCUCCCCUUUGGUUGUUUGCCGGGGUGGGGGGGGUUGA